AUGAUCUCGGGGGAGGAGGAGGAGGACGUGGAGCUGGAGAAGGAUGAAGAGCUGAAGAAGUACUGGAAGCUGCGCUACACGCUCUUCUCCCUCUACGACCACGGGAUCAAGCUGGACAGAGAGAGCUGGUAUUCGGUCACACCAGAGGAGCUCUCGAAGCAUCACGCGUUCAAGUGCUCACCCCCCUCUCCUCCUUACUUUGUUCUCGACGCUUUCUGUGGAGCAGGAGGAAAUGCUAUCCAGCUGGCUCAGACGUGCCGCCGGGUGUGGGCGUGUGACAUCGAUCCCGAGAAGAUCAAACUCGCCAAGCACAACGCCAAGAUCUACGGAGUAGACCAUAAGAUUGAGUUCAUUGUUGGCAAUUUUGUAGAGCUUGCGAAAUCUGGCUGCUUUUCAACGUGGAUGGAUGUUGUUUUCCUAGCUCCUCCUUGGGGAGGACCUGAGUACUCCAACGCGCAUGUGUUUGACAUGCAUCAACUUCCCAUUGACUGUGAGGUGCUCUUUCGUCACUCGAUUCAGAUCGCUACCUCCGUCGCCAUGUACCUUCCCAAGAACAUCAACGUUGCUCAGCUCGUAGCGCUAGCAGCCAUUCCAGGGGAGCCGGGAGCAGCAGGAGCAGCGGAAGCAGCGGAAGCAGGAGCAGGAGCAGGAGGGUCGAACUUCUGCGGGCAUGCAUAUCCGGUGGAGGUGGAGAAGAAUCUUGUCAACUGUCGUCUAAAGGCCGUGACGGUCUACUACGGUGACAUUGCUGAGAGGAGAACUGAGUGGUGAGGACAGCAGACCAGUCCAGCCCAGGGCAGAGCAGAGCAGAGGGUGAGGUCAACAUGGAUUUGUUGCUCCGAGGAAGAUGCGGGACAGGCAAAUAAAACAGAAUGAGCACAG